AUGGCAUCUGCACUGAAUUGCACUCCGUUGACCUUAGUUUUUAUUUAUUCGUUACUGUUUACCUUUGCAUUUUGCGAUAAUAAUGAUACAGAAGACGAGCACGCUAAACACACGUACACAGUGGAAAUGUUCAAGGAAGCCGUGCCCACCUUUCCGCACUUUGUGAUGUUUUAUGCCCCUUGGUGUGCCCAUUGUAAGAAGCUGCAGCCGACGUGGAAUGAAUUGGCUGACAAGUACAACAAUAUGGAUGAACCCUUCGUCUAUGUCGUCAAAGUAGACUGUGUCCAAGACACAAAGUUCUGUUCCCACGAGCACAAAAUCCGAGGCUACCCCACGCUAAUGUUUUACAAGCCUGAAAAGGACCCUGUCCAGUACCAAGGACAAAGAAAUCUGGAAUCUUUGGAGCAGUGGAUGUUAUCACUGUUUAGGUCACCACCUUCUGCUGUUCAAGAGGAGGCACAAAGUGGCCCGCCAGAGCCAAAAGACGGCAUGUAUGAGCUCACCACUGACAACUAUAAGGAAAUUAUUACAAACGGGUUAAGUUUUGUCAAGUUCUUCGCUCCAUGGUGCGGCCACUGCAAAGCCAUGGCUCCAACCUGGGAUCAGAUGGCUUCCGCCUAUGAGAACUCCGAGGUCAAAAUAGCAAAGAUGGACUGCACAAAGCACCAUGACUCGUGCCUAAAGAUGAGUGUGCGUGGAUAUCCCACACUGUUGUUCUUCAACGGAGGCGAAAAGACAGAGAUUACGCGUUACAAAGGAAAGAGAGACUUUGACUCCCUCAAAGAAUUUGUGGAGGACAUGCUGAUAGCUAUAAAGACCAAACGGGAAGAAGAGGAGAAGGCACCCGCGGAGGAGGAGCCUAAGGAAGAAGCUAAAGAGGAUCCGAGCAAGCAAGAACCCAAGGAGGAGGAGCCUAAGGAAGAAGCUAAAGAGGAUGUGAGACAGCAAGAACCCAAAGAGGAGGAGCCUAAGGAAGACACUGAAGAAGUGCAGUCCAACGUCUUGCUGCUAACGGAAGGAAACUUUGACGAGACGAUCGCCAAGGGCUUUACGUUCGUCAAAUUCUUUGCGCCAUGGUGCGGCCACUGCAGAUACCUGGCUCCGAUUUGGGAGCAGCUCUCCAACAAGGACUUUGACGUUCUGACUGACGUCAAGAUUGCCAAAGUGGACUGCACAGUGGAGCGCACUCUCUGCAACAAGUACUCUGUGCAAGGUUACCCCACCCUAAAGAUCUUCCGUGCCGGGGAGCAAGGCGACGAGUACAGCGGUCCGCGGGAUCUGGCGAGCCUGCACGGCUUUGUGAAGAAGCAGGUGAGGGACGAGUUUUGA